CUGUGGUGGGGGUGACACGCUCGUCCUGCCACACCUGUACCGUCACCUCGCGAUUAAUUAACGCAGGGAACAGUCGUCGACAAAAGUGGUUAAGAAGGAAUGGGAAUCAAUCAAUGUGAUAUUGCUGUCUCAUAAAGAUAAGGAAGGAGCAUUGAAAUAAAAUAAAAUAAAAUAUCUAGAUUGUGAGUGACUGUCAGUUAAAUGAUACAGGUGCCUGGAAGUGAAAAGGAAGGAGCAGAUUUUCAAGUGUGAGUGUACGCUGAAGUACAAUAUCUGCAAGUAAACGACACUGCCAACUCAUCUAAACCAGGAGUUCGGAAGGGAAAAGAAAAAAAAACAAUAUAAGUAAGGCCUCGCAAGGUCUGUUAAAGAAAGUGUUUAAUAGUGAAACUGAACAGAAAAUGCAUUAGCCAAGAGCCGUAUCUUCUUGAUGUGGGAGUAAAAUAAUAGUGUUAAACAAAGACCUUCACUGAGUCGCGUGCGUGUGUGAGGCGUUGUGGCAGCAUGAGGCAGCGGGGAAGCGGCUCACCCCUGGAAGGAUCUCUCUCUUGAACUGACCUGUCUGUUACGCCGCUGCCACGAGAGAGAGAGAGAGAGAGAGAGAGAGAGAGAGAGAGAGAGACGCCGCAGGAGUAAGUGGCGCGGUGCUGGUGGUGCAAUGAGCGGAGUGCCACAUGCUGGGGGCCCCGACCGCUGCCUCCACCAUGAAAAUGAAGGCGAGAUGGCGCGAUGCCGCGAGGAAGCUGCACCUCACGGACUGGGACGCCCCGCCGCUGCGUCCCGAAAAGUUCGCGAUCCAGUUCGACGCGCCGGGUGCCGUGUACUUCUCGACGCAGACCAUCACCGGCAACGUGGUCCUCAAAGUCAGCGAGCCCAUCAACCUCAAGGGCGUCAAAAUGCGGUUUCGCGGUGAGUGUUGCAUCCAUUUUUCCGACUAUCCGAGUAAGCUGAAGCAACUCAAGCAAAGAGGAAUGAGGGUGACGCGCAGGAAGGUGGUCAGCUGCGGCUCCUCCUCCACCACCACCUCCGGCAACAACUGGCUGUCGCUUAACGAGCAGAACGGACACACGUGCGGGAUUGACAACCCUGGCUACAUCCCUGACCAGCCUGGGAGAGCUGACGAGCGAGGUGGAGGAGGAGGAGGUAACGGUGCACAGCAUGAGAGUAGCGAGAGAUCCCCGCUGCCUCGGCCUGGCUCCACAGAGACAGCCUGGCUGGAGGGGUCCCUGGCAGGCCCACGCCAACACUACCGGGCUCAGGAGACUUACUUUGACUGUGAAUUUUACAUCUACGGCCACAAGUAUCAGAAGGACGAGAAGGAGCUCCUCCCAGCUGGCGUACAUGAGUUUCCCUUUGCUUUCAACCUGCCGCCAAACCUUCCGCCAAGCUUCAACAGUGAGAAGGGCUUCAUCGUGUACACCGCCAUGGCCAUCCUGGACCGUCCCGCCGCCGCCAACUUGGUGCAAAAGGCCGGCUUCAGCCUGCACUCCAUCCUGGACCUCAACAUGUACUCACAAUCCUCAUCGUCGUGCAGCAGCAGCAAGUCCAAGAACCUGUGCUGUUUCUGCUGCCAGACGGGCCCCAUCACCCUGGCAGCGAGGAUCCCCCGCCGCGGCUACGUCCCCGGCGAGAAGAUUUACGUCAACGCGGAGGUGGACAACAUCUCCUCCAGAAACACCCGCAGGACCAGGCUGCUCCUGCUGCAGGUGAUCACGUACAUCAUGCCUAAUGGAGUGAAGGAGGUUGUGGAGGAGCGGGUGGUGAAGGAGGUGGUGCGGGGCAUGAUCCCCCCGGGGGAGUCCGACAUGUGGGAGGGCGUGGCGCUCACCGUGCCGCCGCUGGUGCCCGCCAACGUGCACCUCACCUGCCGCCUCCUCCACGUGCAGUACCGCAUUGACAUGAUCCUGGAGCCGCCCCUCCCGUCCUCGGACCUGCGCGUCAGCAUGCCGCUCACCAUCGGCUCGGUGCCGCUGCGCAGUCGUUUCACCACCUUCCUGCCGCCCGGCGAGACGAGGCGAUCAACCGGAUUGCCUGGCAUCAACUACGCCAACUUUCCCUUCUACUGGUUCGGCGAAUGUGUCUUCGGUCCUGAGGCGCUCGAGAAACAAUAUGAGAAAAUUACAGGGACAAAGGAAGAAUACGGGCCCCAGUUCGAAGAUCUAACACGCUUCGCUCCAAAGUACAUCUGUUACUCUUCCGGGAACAAUGUCAGUGAAAACGGGCGAUGAUACCAUAGAGAAAGGAAUGGAUGCACAAGGUUAAACAUGUUACGGUGUAUUACGCAUGUGUGUGGGGGGGGGGAGGGUGCUCAUGCAGAAGUUAUAAUACCACUUCAGCAAGGAGUGUUAGUCAAUAUAUUAACAAAUGGCACGUUGCUAUCAGUGAACCCUGAUGAUAAAGUGAAUAUUUGCGCAUGGAAAUUACAUUGAACUGAUCAGGUGGUGAACAUUUUAUCCUAUGGGUCAGUGCUUCACGUAGAGCACUUGCAUGUCCAAAGACUGCAUGGUGCAGCAGAGUGAGUGAACGAGUCCUCGGUGACACACCCUUUGCCAUUUCCUUCAACUGUUUCGGCGAAAGUUAUCUUGCAUCUUGCUCAUAUAUGUAUAAUAUGCAUUUAUAUUUAUAAGGUUUAGCUUUAUAAAAUCAUACUAUCAUGUCACAUUUUUAGCUCUAGCGUUCAUCAUUUUAUGUAGUACACGAGAAAGCGUAAGGCUUUCGGGGCAAUAAUCAAUUAAAUCCGCAAGUUACUUAUGUCCACACCCAAUUAAGGUGAUGGGCACUGGAACACUCACUCCAUUGGUUAUUAUGAAAUCCUGUAGUAGCUAAGCCUGGCUCUGCUAGGCUGUCAAAAAAAUGCUACCUCUCUCACAAAGAAGCUGCCAUGAGCCGUGAUCCAAGCACCCCUCGGUCGCGGUCCGAGCACCGUGCACCAAAAGCCGCCCGGCCCUGCUAAUGGAGGAGAAUGAACGCGGAGUUAUGAAACGAAUACUGAAUAUACGAAUCAUUGUGUUCUGAUACCAUUCCUUCCCGUGGCUUAUCAUUUUAGUAUCAUUUCUUGGUGUAAGCAAAGCCACCUCCACCACAAUAAAGGGUGAACAUGCCACAUUUGUUUUACAAUGUAUUUUCUUGUAUGUUACUCAGAAAGCCUUCCACUCACCGGCCUACAACUCCUCACUGCCUUGUCUACUUAUGCCGUCACACGUGAUGGGAAAGAGUUCGUCUGAUUGUCUGUACAGUGAGUCAGUGAUGGUUGCAAAAUAGUCAUUUAGGAAGAAAUGUAGUCCUGUAGCACUUCAAAAUAUCGUAAUAUAGUACUACAUAGCUUUUACUUAUUGAUGAUAACUAAAUCUUCAAAAUUCCAAUGGAAUAUAUGUAUAUAAAAUAUUAAACGGUUAAUACAUUAUUGAUGGAAUCUGGCAAAUAAACGUAAAUGGUACUUUCGGAUGAAUAUGUUGAAUGGAGACUUUUUCGAAGAUAUCAACACACGACUGAGGAACUGUACAGGCGAACUCAUAGCUGGUGCAGCUGCAUCGCGCUAGGAGGUGGUGAUGCUGUCACAGUUUCAGCCUGCAUUGCUAUAUGUAAUCCUCUGCUGGAAUAAGAGCAGCAGUAGCACAACCAUGGGGGUGUUCCAGACGUCUGUCAGUGACCUUCGAACUGGUUCAUGAAGGGUGAGACAAGGUUAGCGUUUCUCUUUGUGCGUACAGCUGAAUUCACAACGUUUCCAAGACUGUGUAUAAGUUUGUCAGUAUUUUUUUUUUAUCCUCAGCAGCCCCGUGCAUAGGAUAGAGAAAACUCGAGGCUUCUCUGCCAACUCUUAGGUUAUUCUGAUCGUUGGCUGGUGAUGCCGCUGUCAUACUUCCAGAAUUCUGAAAUACUGUACCGCCUGUGGCACCGGCAGGCUUUUUUGUUAGGGGCUGAUGGUCGGCCCCAGCCCGUUGUGGCGCAGGCAAGUGUUUAUAGUGGCGCCAUCAUAGUGGAUGUCCUUAAAUUUUAAUAUGACCUUACUGUUCCACUCCUUCACUCCUUCCAGCAGCUCUUGUUAAGAAGCCUGAAACAGCUUGCCUACUAUUAAUUUUGCAUUUGCUUCACCUAUGAUUAGGUCAGGAGAAAUAUUAAAUUGGAAUGCUUCCUCUUUUCUGCCAUAGAUCUGUUGUAUAUGUAUUAUCCUUUGGUCAGAAGAAUAAGGAAAUAGUAACCGCACCAUCACCAGACCAUUCCACAAAACUGUCGGAAGCUUGUGAAUUCAGCUGCACAACACAAAGCAGAAAUACGUUGAAACUUUUUAUCGCCUCUUGUGCAUCUCACAAGAUAAAGUAAGACUAAACUCUUAAAACUCACAUUGAGCCGCAAUUAUUUCAGUUUUGUUGUCAAACACUUAAUGCCGUUAUUUGUGAUACUAGCAUAAGCCAUGAAGAAUUUGUACAAUGUAAUCUAAUCGUAAUGUAAUGUUUUGAUAUCCUGUAGUCACAUAGUGCAUGUAAUAAAGGGGAGGGGGCAUGUAUGCACAAAUUCUCAGUUUACAAAAAUUACAAAUAAAUGCCUAUGGACAAAUCUCAUGUCUAUCAAUAAUGAAUGUCUUGCAGUUAACCAGACACCAAGUGUAAAAAGUAACCAAAAUUUUAUUUUUCUGGUUUUCUUCGAAAUCCAUCAUUCAGGGACGGGGCAUCAUUCAUCGACAAGAACUCCACGACACAAUGAAAAUAUAAAUUACUCUCUUUUUGAUUUUUCUCGAUUUUUCUCGUUUGAUUUUUACAAUGAAUAUUAUUCAUAGUAAUGCUGAUAGCAACUGAGAGGGUCAGUGUCAUAGUACCUGAAAUUAUCAUUUGCUCUAGUGAAUAAUUAUUGUAGCCACUGCAAAGCAGGGAUGUGUUGGCGAGAACAAAGUUGAAUAAUACCACUGCUGAUCAUAGACAUGCUGAUGACUGCCAUUGUACUUGGCUUUAUAAAGGUGAAUGAGUUCUGAAA